AUGCCACGAACAGCCCUCUUCGCAAUCGACAUCCAAGUCGAAUUAGCGCAAAACGCAGCGACCGAAAUACCACAUGCGGAGCGCAUUCGAGGAGCUGGAACGACUAUCCUACAACGAGCGCGUCAAGCCAUUGACACGGCGUGCGAACAGGGCCGAGAACCAGAUAUAGAGAUCGUAUUUGUGCAGCAUGAGGAAAGUGCUGAGAAAGGACCGCUGGUGAAAGGGAGUAAGGCGUGGGAGUUGGUGUUCAAGCCACGAGACGAUAAUAAAUGGGAACGACUGGUAGAGAAGGAUGUCCCCGCUAGGUUUAAUGUCAUCUUGUUACAAGGUGCACACUCUACUUACGACUACAACGACAAGACAGCCAGGGAGGUUGAGAUAGACGUGGAGUUGAUGCUCGAGAGCGCGGGCGCUGAGGUGGAAGGCUGGAAGGUGUGGAAACCGGUGGCUUGA